AUAAAUUGAUGGUGGUGAAACAGUUGUCAUCUGUCAGUGAUUGAGGUGUUGAAAAGGGCAAAUUUCGCGAUAUUUCCGGCAAAUCCGCACACUUGCUGUGCGUGGGGCGCUACUGUGGGUGCCAGAGUAGUAGCCGGCGGUGUCGGUGUGGCUGGAAAGUGCGUGGCGUAGCGUGAAAAUGACGAUGAAAAGUGCCACCAUCGCAAUCGCCAUCUGCCAUUGAAGCCACCAUCAACCCCGAAGCAAGAUGUCCUCGGUGGACAUCCAAAUCGUGAGUGGGCCGAACCUGGAGAAGAUCGAGAGCUUCCUCAAUGACUCCACGUACAGGGAGACCAUUGAGUACAGCGCCAACUUCAACACACGCCUCUGCAUAGAGAGACGACUCCGCCUGCCCUUCCUGGACCCUCAGACGGGCGUCGCGCAGAACCAUUGCUCCCUCUACAUGAGCCGGCGCCAGCGGAUGCCCGGCUUCCGGGAGGGGCAGAUCUACACGUAUCCGGCCACGCGGUGGCGCAAGAGCCGUCGCCAGUACUUGGCGAAGAUGUUCAGGCCGUUCAGCGGGCUCCGCAGGGCGGACUGCGCCCCCGUGCCGCCACCCGACGACGGCGGGGACUUCAACGGGACGCUGCUGGAGGAGUCCUCGUCGCUAGGCGGCGCCGACACGAGCGACAGCAAGGACAGCCAGAACCUGAAGGAGGAACUGCCCAAGGACUGGUUCUACGACGACAUGGACAUGAACGACCUGGACCAGCUGGACGAGCCCAAGAGCCCGGACGACGAGUACGACUACGAUCCGAGGUAUGGCAACAAGAAGAGGAAAAGAAGGGAGAAGAAGGCCAAGCCCGGCCGCAAACCCAUGACUGCUCUCCAUUCGGACGCGCCACGCAAGGGCCGCCCACCGGGCGGCGGAGUAGCCGGCGGGGCGCGCCGAGGCCGGCGCAAGAAUCUGGUGCCGGCCGCCACCAUGGGCACGGGCAGCGGCGCCACGAGCGGCGGGCGGCUGGUGGAGGUGCCCAGCCCGCCCACGAUCGAGCCGCCGUCAUUCGAGUCGGCUGCCGCCGCGGUGGCCACCACGCCGCGCGACGCCGGCAGCCCCAACAGCGAACUGAGGAGCUAUCGGAAGUACCUGUAG